AUGAAUAACCAAGGAGUAACCUAUGCAGAACUCAGUCAGGUUAAGGGUUUAAGAAGACAGCAAGUGAAAGCUAAGGGCACUAAAAGUGGCAUUUUGGGAACUGAGCAGGAAAUAACGUAUGCUGAAUUAACUCUUCAAGAUGCUUCUCGGGAUCCUCAAGGGAAUGGCAAGAACUACCAAUGGAAAGGGAAGCUCAUUGCUGGGAUCCUGGGAAUUAUCUGCCUUGUCUUGAUGUCCACUGUGGUCACAACAGCCGUUAUUCACUCUUAUCAUUGUGAUCACUGUCCAAAAGAGUGGAUUACAUAUUCUGAAACUUGCUACUACAUUAGCACUGAAAGAAAACCAUGGAAUGAGAGUCAGUUAUCCUGUGCUUCUAAGAACUCUACCCUGCUUUCCAUAGAGGAUGAAGAGGAAAUGGUGGUUGCACAUGCGAUACAUGCCAACAGCUGGCUGAAUUUUCAAGUGUCGCCAUCAUAA